AUGUCUUCAUUAGUUAUAGGACUUGAUAUAGGAGGUAGUCAUAUAACUGCAACUCUAGUUCGUAUUGAACAAUUAUCAAAUCGAGUUUUAUCUAUUGAAAAAGAUAAAUUAUAUUCAUUGGCAUACGAACAACCUAUACGCAGAGAUCCACGUUUAAUUAUUUCUACUUGGAUUGAUUGUAUCCAUGAGCUUCUUCGUGAUUUAGUUGAUGAAUUGAAAGAAGAUGACACUAUUAUUGGUAUUGCUUGUGGCAUACCGGGACCAAUGGAUUAUGAACGAGGCAUAAGUUAUAUUCAAUCAUCAACAUUACAUAAAUGUAAUAACUUUUUUGGACUUAAUUUACGUUUAUCAUUUGAAUAUGGUCUUAGAGAACUUGUGUCUUGUUGGAAACACCAGUCUAAUGUUAAAUGUGAUACACUAUCAGUAUCAUCAAGUUUUAGUACGCGUUCAUAUUCGAAACAACAAAUUAAUCCUGAAAAUUUACAGCAAACAACACAAAUAGCAACAAUUUCAUCAGUAAAAUCUGAUACUUUUAAUUUUACCGUAGCAGCAACAACACCAAAUGAAGAAAUUAAAGAAGAAGAAUUUUCCAUAAAAGACACAAAAAAUUAUUGUGGUCGAUCUGGCGAUGCCGAUUUUUAUAUGAAAUAUGAAAUCAAUGAUUCAACUCAUCAAAUAAAUUUUGAUAAUAUGGAAGUAAAUUCAACAGAAAAAUCAAUAACAAUUGAAAAUUCUUCUGCAAUAUUAUUGUCCAUCAUGGAACAAUUAUCUGACAUACCAAUUUCAUUCUAUAAUGACGCAACAUGUUUUGCUGUAGGUGAAGCAACGAGUAUUCAACAUAAAGCUUAUCAACGUAUUCUUGCGUUAACACUUGGUACUGGUUUUGGUUCAACAUUUAUUGAUCAAUAUGAAAUUAUUAAAAAUCGCUGUGAUGUUCCACCUGGUGGAAUGCUUUGGAAUUAUCCGUAUGAUGACAAAUCUAUUGCUGAUGAUUGGUUUUCAACGCGUGGUUUAAUUAAUAUCUAUAAUACAAUUCUACAACAGGAAUCUCUAGAUAAUCAUUCGCAUAUGUCAAUAAACAAAGAAAAACCAAUACUUAAUAUUAACAAUAAGUCGAAUACACUGGAUGGCGUUUCUCUUGCUGCACAAGCAUCGAAUGGUGAUGAAAAUGCUCUAAAAGCUUUUCAAAUAUUUGCUGAAUGUUUAGGAAAUUUUUUGAUACCACAUAUAAAAAAAUUCAAAGCUGAUCUGAUUGUGAUUGGUGGUGGUCUCGCACAGACUUGGCAUUUCAUUGAAAAUGAACUUAAUAAAACAAUAAAGAAGUUUUGCAACACUGAAGUGUAUUUUAGUCUUGCACAUGAAAAAUCCAUUUGUCUAGGUGCUGUUCAACAACAAUUAUCAAUAUUAUUUCAAUCAAAAAAUAGUUGUUUUCGUAAAACUUGUCAAAAUUUGCUACCUGCUAUUAAAACAAUCGAUUCAAAUCAAUAUGAUCUAUAUCCAUGUCAUGAUAUUCCUAUUGGCUUUAUUGGUAUCGGACAUAAACAAUUGAAUGAAGAAAUGUUUCGUUUAGUUGAACAAAAUCAAAUUUUACUAAUCGAUGGAUUUGUUGGCACAUAUUUUGAUGAAUAUGCUUAUGAAUUAAAUAAGUAUUAUAGUCAAACAGCAAAGAGAAAAAUGUCAACAUCAUUAAUCUUUUAUGAUACUCGAACAUUUUUAAAAAUGGAUUUGAAUAGUAAAAAAGAAUUAUAUCUUCAGUAUUCUAAAUCAAUAUUUGGUAAAAUAGCAACAGAUUUAGAUUUUAAAAAAGAUUUUAUCGAUUUAAAUAAAUUAAACUAUUUAAAAAAUAAUCUCUCAUAUCCAUGUGUUAUUAUUGGACCAGGUGCAUCAUUUAUAAAUGAUACAAGUCCACUGAUUUAUAUUGAUUUGCCAAAAAAUGAACUUUAUUAUCGUGUUGCUGCAGAAACAUCAUGCUCAUAUUUAAAACCAACGGAAAUAAUUCAACAAGAGUCGUCGUCAAAAUCUAAUGAUAACGACGAUUAUGAAUUAACACAAGAUAUGUAUGAAAAAAAAUGUCUCUACUUUCUUGAUUAUCCAGUUUUCAAUAAACUUAAACAAGAACUUUUAUCUCGAAUGACAUUUUUUGUUGAUGGCCAACGGCCGAAUUGUCCAACAUGGCUUCAUGGUCAUACAUUUCGUCAAGCACUUUCACAUCUUGCCAAUGUACCUAUUCGUGUACGGCCAUGGUUUGAAUCAGGUCCAUGGGGUGGUGAAUGGCUUAAAUCAAUCUGUACAAAUCUAUCGCAAUUAUCGAGAAAUUAUGCAUGGUCAUUCGAAAUGAUUACACCAGAAAAUGGCAUUAUAUUAUCAGAUGAGAAUCAUCAUCUUUUAGAAUUUUCUUGGGAUUUUUUCUAUGGUUCACAAGCAAAUAGAAUACUUGGAAAUUAUGAACAUUAUCGAUUAUUCGGUGGUUCGAACGAUUUUCCAAUACGCUUUGAUUUUCUUGAUACGAUGGAUGGUGGAAAUUUAUCUAUACAAUGUCAUCCGAAUUUAGAAUAUAUGCGUACGAAUUUCGGAGAAAAAAUAACACAAGAUGAAACGUAUUAUAUUGUCGAAACAAAACAACAUUGGAAAGAAGAGCACAACAAUGAUAACAAAGCGUCGGCUCAUGUUUAUCUUGGCUUUCAGGAUAAUGUUGAUCCUGAAGAAUUCCAUCAAGCUCUUCUUUCAAGUCGUCGAGAACAAAAAGAAUUGAACGUUGAAAAAUAUAUACAAUCUAUUCCAUCGAAUAUGCAUGAUUUUUUUCUAAUACCAAAUGAAACAAUUCAUGCAUCUGGUCAAAAUCAAGUUGUACUUGAAAUAUCAGCAACACCCUAUAUUUAUACAUUUAAAUUAUACGAUUGGUUAAGAUUAGGUCUUGAUGGACAUCUUCGUCCAUUAAAUAUUGAACGUGGAAUGAAAAAUUUAAAAUUUGAUCGACGUGGUGAACAACUUCGUUGUCAACCCAUCACUAUGAAAUUCGAACAAGAAAAAUAUGAAGAACAAUAUUUGCCCACGCACAAUUUACACUUCUAUGAUGUAGAACGUCUUAUCAUACAAUCAGAUGAAUCUAUUGAAAUAGUUCGAUCAACAGAAAAUCGUUUUCAUUUAUGUAUGUUAGUUGAAGGUGAUGCUAUUGAAAUAGAAUUUAAUACUAUUGAUAAUGAUCAACAAAAACAAUUACGACAAUAUAAUUAUAUUGAAACAUUUUUAAUUCCAGCAUCAAUUACUCAAUAUCGUCUUCGGCCAAUAAUUAAAAAUCAAAAUAAUAAAAAAAAACCUCGUCAAUUUGUUUUACUUAUUGCUUUUCUCAAAUGGAAUUGCGAAAAAUUACUUGACUAA